AUGUAGAAUAAUUAAGGUAGUUAAGGUGGAUGUUAAGUAAAUGGCAAUGAUGAUUAAAGAUUUGAACAAUUGGAAAGUAAGUAAUUUAAUUUGACUAAGUAGUAAAACCGAUAAAAAAUUUAGCAAAAUUUAGUUAAUUGUAAUAAUUGUGGAAAGAAUCUGACAUACCUAUUUGUCAUUAAAAGUACUUCUAUAAUAUUUUAUUGGUACAUCAGUAAUAAGCAGAAAAAUUAGUGACAGCUGAAAUAGAUAGCAUUAGGAAUAAUAAAAGUGUAGUUAGAACUUUACAUCAGCUGACAAUAGGAAGAGAGAGAUGUCUAAAGGAGAUAUCAAGAUUAAGCAGAGGAAACUUUUCUGAUUUUUUGAAAAAAAUUUCAAAAUUUAUUUACGAUCUAAGGAAACUUACAUUAAAUUUUAUGGAAUUUCAUCGUAAAUGGAGAAAUGGUUUGAAUUAAAAAUAUGAGUGGAAUUACAUUUGGAGAAUAAAAGAUCGUGAUUAUUUGCAUUAAAUAAAGGAGGAUCAUAAAUUUAUAUACAAACAUCAUUCAAAGACAAUGUAAUAUUUUUAAUUAGAAGAUGAUGAUAUAUUUUAUUUAAGUGUAGUGAAAUAAGCAUAAAAGGAUGAUCAAUAAUAAGAGUAUUUGAUUCAACAUAAGAUGGAGUAGAAAUACAUAGAAAAGAUGAUUGAAUUAUAGGAAUAUUUUAAUACAAAGAUGGGUGAUUAUAAGCCUGUAAAGAUAGGAUAGUAGUAUAAUUAAAACAGUGAAAUAAAUCCUGUAGGUUCUCCAGGUUUUGAAGAGAGAAACAAUAUAAAUAUGUAAGACUAUGUAAGUGAAGUUAUAUAUAAUACAAAAGAGUUAUAGUUCAAUUUGGUAAAAUAUUCAUUUAAGGAUUUAUUUGGAAUAUUGAAAAAUUGGUCUUCUUAGAAUGUUUAAGAAUUGAAUGAUAGUUUUAAAUAUCCAAUGGAUCAUAUAAAAGAUUUAUUGAUGUAUUGGCAAGAAGCUGCAGUGUUGAGAAUAGAUAAUAAUGGAUUGAUAAUAUGUUCAAUAGAUUAGGAAUUUAGUGGAAGAAGAUGGAUUUUACAUUAAAUAUAUUUAAAUAAAGAUCCAAAGUGGUAAUAGAGAUUGGGUGUUGUAAUUUAACAUUUUAUAAAGAUGCUAAUAUAGAAAGGAGAUCCAUUUACAUCAGUUGCAAUAUGUUGUAGUAAUGAUUAAUACAUGAAGAAAGUAUUAGGUGAUUUGAAAUUUACAUUCUCUAAAAACAUAACAUAUAAUAAAUUUAAUGUUGUAAUUUAUGAAUAAAAAGUUUAAAACAUACAAUCAAAUUUUAUGAGAUAGUAUUUCACUCCUUUAACUUUGAGAAUGCUUAGAAUUUAUGCAAAAUAAUUAGAAAGUACUUUAAUAACAAAUGAAGAAUUAAUGAUUGCUUAAUAUUGUUCAAAUAUAGGAAAAAAUGAUAUGAUGAAAUUUGAAUAAAAUAUUUUAGAUUUAUCUCAGAAUUUAAAUGUAAUUAAUUAAUUAAUAUACUAUCUUAGAAAUCCAAACUUUAUGGAUAAGAGUAUAUGUUAUUUAAGAAACCUAAUGAUGUUAAAACUAAAUAUUAAAUUGAAUUCAGUACUCCUAUUCAAUCUCAAAUGUAUUUUUAAUAGUUUAAUGUGAAAUUGAAUUUUAAAUACUUUAGUAGUGAAUUCUGUAGGAAUAACACUCAACCUUAUUUACGACUUACUGCUGUAAAUGAGAUUUAUAUAUUAUUUAGCAUCCAAAUUUGAAUGAAUAAGAACCAUCAAUCCUUUAGUUGAGUUCCUCAGAAAUUGGAAAUGGUAUUAUUUAUUUAAUUUCUACAAUUGAUCCUAUUAUUAAAAUGUAUUAUAUAAUAACUUAUAUUUAGAUUUAUUUAAGAAGUUCAACCUAAUCAGAUUUCAAAAUCUAAUAUCUAAUCCUUUAUAAAUUAAGCUUUCGAGAAAUUCGAUAAAAAAUAAGAAUGUUAACAUCAUAUUUGGCUUCCUCAAUUUAAAUGUACUGGGAAAUAGAUGAAAUUAAGUGAUGCUAAUAUUGAAGCAUACUUUUAAAAUGACACUUAUUUAUCUGUUUAGUAUCCUAGAAAUCCAUCUUUACAUACUAACAAAUACUUUAAUGAUACUGAUAAAAUAAUCUAACCUCCUUUUCUUUUUGGAAUUGUGUAAAGUGAUCUUGAAAAAAUUAAUAAACCUCUUUUCUCUAUUCUUAUCAAUAAAGAACAUAUUAUUACAAUAUAAGAGAAGAUUAUUAUUAAUAACAAUAUAUCUUUACCUAAUUCCUUUUAAAUGUAAACUCAAGAAACUGAAUAAACCUUCAAAGAAUUAUUGUAAAACACUCCUUUAGAGAUUAAAAAAUCAUUUUGUUCAAAUCCUACUGUUCUUUUAUACAAAUUUAAGUAUUCCCUUUAAUGUUGUUUAAUCAAAUUUAAUGUUGGUCAUGCCCUUAUUUAUGUUGAUGAAGUUCACUUCUUAGAAAAGAGAUGGAUCAUUGAAUCUAUUAUGAUCAAUGAUCUAAAUAAUUUAUCUCUGUUACUCUCAAAUAUAAUUUAAUAUAUUUUUACUAUUGAUCAUUCUGCUAAUGAAAUACAAAUUAGUUAGGUAUAAAAUGUAUUCAUAACAUCUCUAGUCUCAUUAUUUAGAAAAAGGAGAUCUUGUAGCAAAUAAAUUUAUAAUGGAUUCCAUUAAAAAUGCUAAAUUUAAAUGGAGACAAGUAGAUAAUGAUGCGAAAACCUAAAUCAGAAAAACUAUUUAUUUUCUCAAAAGAUCCAUCUCAGAAUAGUAUCUCUAUUAUCUUAUUUUUAAUUAGUCCUAAUUAUAUACCAAAUCAAGUCUCUAUAUAAUUUAGAUCAUAUUAUGCUACUUAAUAAAGUGAAGAGAGGAAUCAAAUCAUUAAUCAAUUAGAAUAUCUUCAUUCUGAAAAUGAAUUUUAAUUCUUUGAAGAUUGCUUCUAAUAUCAUGUUCAUGGCUAAGUUCCUCAAUCUAAUACCUUCAUCUACUAGAAAUUACAAUCAAUUUAAGGCAAACUUCCUAAUUCAGAAUUCACAAGUGUUCAUUCUUUAGAAGAACUUAAAUCCUAAAUCAAAUUCUAAAUUGAUCUACCUCCUUUUGACUGUAAAUAUGAAUAAGUAUAUAAUAAUACAUCAUACUAUUUUAGUUUGAUAUACUCUACAUGAAUACAUAAUUAAAAAUUAAAAAAUAAAGAUAACUCACCUACAAAGGCUAAACAUAUCUAGAAAUACCAAACUAUGAUUCAUGUUAAUAGAUAUUUCAAUCUGAAAAUUAUGAAUUCAAUUAAAAAAUCUAUUUCAUUGCCACUUAAGAUCCACUUUAUUUUGCAUAUUUUAUAGAAUUAGGUAAUCCCACCUUAAAAUAAUAAAUUCAGUAGGAUUAACUUAGAAUAGCCUCUCAAGUUUCACAAGUAUUUAUCAUAUUUCAUUAGGCAUUCGUUACUAAGUAUUUAAGUAGUUUUCAAUUAAUUUGGAUAGAAUAAUUUUAGAAAAUUAAUCCAAUAAAAUAAAAACAGAAUGUCUUAUAUAUUGAUUUUGCUUUGAAUUCAUAAUUUUCAAUUGAACAAUUUAUGAAAAUGGAAGAUGACCCUAAAAAUUAAGAAGAAAUCUAUAAAAUCAAGUUACCUAUGUUUUGUGGACUGUUAAAUACAAAUAUGAGAACACAAUUUGAACGUCCAUUAAUAGGAAUGAUAAUUGAAUGA